AAGGAGGAGGGAGACAAGACGAGGAAGGAAGGAGGAGGGAGACAAGACGAGGAAGGAAGGAGGAGGGAGACAAGACAAGGAAGGAAGGAAGGAGGAGGAAGAAGAAGGAAAGGAUGGGGCCUAAGCUGGAAGAUUUCGAAGUCCUAUCCACCAUCGGCAGUGGAUCCCAUGGCACUGUCAGGAAGGUGCGCAGGAAAGGUGACGGGCAGGUGUUUGUGUGGAAGGAGCUGAACUAUGGUGCCAUGACGGAGGUGGAGAAGCAGGGCCUGGUCACCGAAGUCAACCUGCUCCGCCAACUCCACCACCCCCACAUCGUCCGCUUCCACCACCAUAUAGUGGAUCGCCGCUCCACCACGCUGUACAUUUUGAUGGAGCACUGCCCGGGGGGAGACCUCAGAGCCCUGGUGGACAAGUGUAGGAAGAGUGGAUCGUACCUGGCGGAGGAGUUUGUGUGGAGGGUCUUGUGGGAGCUCUGCCAGGCCCUCAAAAUCUGCCACACAACCAGCACUCGAAAACCCCGCUCAACCUCACCGACCGAACCACAACCCCAAACAAACUCCCAAAUACCCGGGCAACCGAACGCGGCGGCCGGUCGAGGUCAGGGGCAGAGGUCAGGCGAGGGUCAGGUCAUCCUCCACCGCGACAUCAAGCCGGCGAACGUCUUCCUGGGGUCGCGAGGGGAGGUCAAACUAGGGGAUUUCGGACUGGCGAGAACGCUUGGAUCGGAGACAAGUUUUGCGAAGUCAGUCGUCGGAACCCCUUUUUAUAUGAGCCCAGAGGUCAUGGCAGGCUUGGAGUACAAUGAGCGCAGUGACAUGUGGUCCCUGGGAUGUCUUGUGUACGAGCUGUGUGCGCUGAAGCCACCCUUCCACGCGCACACACACGCACAUCUGGCUGUUAAGAUUAGGGCUGCGAGGUACCCCCCCAUCCCCGCCCAGUACAGCGAUGACCUCCGUGACCUCAUAGCUGACCUCCUGUCCCCCCAGCACUUCUGUCGACCUUCCGCCCUGAUGUUGCUCCACCACUCCGCAAUGUUGUCAAGGAUUGGUGUUGAUGGUGGUGGUGGUGGUGGUGAGGUGGAGGAGGAGGAGGAGGGGAAAGGAAGGGAUGUUGUUGAGAAGAAGGAGGAGGAGGAGGAGAGGAAGGGAAGGGAUGUUGUUGAGGAGAAGAAGAAGGAGGAGGAGGAGAGGAAGGGAAGGGAUGUAGUUGAGAGGAAGGAGGAGGAGGAGGAGGAGGAGGAAGGAGAAGGAAAGAUACAGAAAGAGGAGGAGAAGGAGGAGGAGGAAGAGAGAGGAAGGAGGAAACCACAACAAGAAAUGGAGGAAGAAGAGGAGGAAAAGGAGGAGGAGGAGGAAAGGAAGAAAGAUACAGAGGAGGAAGAGGAAGACAAACAGCACUCCUCUCCUCCUCCUCCUCUUCCCUCCUCCUCCUCCUGUCCUCCUCCUCCUCCUCUUCCCUCCUCUCCUCCUCUUCCUCCCUCCUCCUCCUCCACCUGUGCAUGUGGAGGUACUCUCUCUCACACCCAGUGGAGAGAAAAACUCCUUUCCCUCCGCGAGAUGGAGGUAAACGUGAGAGAGAGAGAAAUAGGAGUGAGAGAGAGGGAGAGAGAGUUAGCAGUGAGGGAGAGAGAGAGAGAGAUAGAGAUGAGAGAGAGGGAGAGAGAACUGGAGAGAAGGGAGAGAAAAGUCGGAGAGAUGGAGAGAGAGGCGAGGGAACACUUAGUCCGAGGGCAAAUCUUCCUUCGAAACGCUCGACUCCGCCACUCUGGAAAAAUCGGGAAAUCAGGGAAAUUCCACCGAUACCCAAAUUCCGACAGUGACCCCGACACGACCUUAAGCGCCGACCUUGACGAGUCACCCGCGAAGGUCACGACGGCCCGACCUGACCCGAGCGUCCUACAAAAUCCCUUUCUUGAGAUGCGAGGUCAGGUUCCGGAGGUCACGGGAAGUCGGGGUAAGAAGGUCAUAUUUGGUGACCUUCCUCGCGACCUUUCUUUUAAGAGUAACACACUGGAUAACCCCAAGAGUCGUAAGAAGCGAGGGUCGAUUUUUACCCUAGUCCGGGGCGGAAAGGGAGAGUCUAGGGAGAAAAACCUGGUCUGUGUGGAUGCCAGGGAGGAAAAGGGUGACUCUAGGGACAUUUCCAGGGUGAUAAAUCAGGUCUCAAUGGAUGUUAGGGAGAGAAAGGGAGAUUCUAGGGAGAUUUCCAGGGAGUCUAGGGAGAAAAACCUGGUCUGUAUGGAUGUCAGGGAGGAAAAGGGUGAUUCUAGGGACAUUUCCAGGGAUCUUAGGGACAAAAAACAGGUCGCUAGGGAGGAUAUGGGAGACUCUAGGGGUAUUUCCAGGGAGGUUAGGGUGAUAAAUCAGGUCUCAGUAUAUGCUAGGGAAGAAAAGGGUGAUUCUAGGGACAUUUCCAGGGACUUCAGGGACAAAAAUGAGGACUCAGUAGAUGUCAGGGAGGAAAAGGGUGAUUCUAGGGACAUUUCCAGGGAGUUUAGGGAAAAGAACCAGGUCUCAAUGGAUAUCAGGGAGAGAAAGGGAGAUUAUAAGGGUGGUUUGCAGGGAGACAGGGAGCUUAGGGAAAAUGAAAUAUGCCAUCGCGAGAAUUUCCAGGGAGUUCCGGACAUCAGGGAGAAUUACCAGACACUCAGGGAGAGAAUGGGAGAUUUUAAGGGUGGUUUAAAGGGAGAAAGGGAGCCUAGGGAGAAUUUCCAGGGAGUUCCAGACAUCAGGGAGAAUUACCAGACACUCAGGGAGAGAAUGGGAGAUUUUCAGGGUGUUUUGAAGGGAAAAAUGGAGCCUAGGGAGAAUUUUCAGGGAGUUUCAGAUGUCAGGGAGAUUUACCAGCCACUUAGGGAGAGAAUGGGAGAUUUUCAGGGUGUUUUGAAGGGAGGAAUGGAGCCUAGGGAGAAUUUUCAGGGAGUUUCAGAUAUCAGGGAGACUUACCAGCCACUCAGGGAGAAUUUCCAGGGAGUAAACGGCACUUCCAGGGGGAGUUUCCGAGCACUUAGGGACAUUCCAGGGGGCAGGGAGGGGGUGCAGGGGGGGGCAGGGGGCCAGCAGGGUAACACCGCCCCAUUCCACUCCGACCCCAAGACAGCGCAGGGAAAAACCGCAAAAAUUACCUCGGGUCGGGAAAUUCCGGGGAAGUCGGGUCAGACCGUCGGGAGAAAAUCACCCGGGUUCAUGCGAUUUGUCCCCAGGGUCAGGUCACGGGCCAGGUUGACCUCUGACCCCAGGAAUGACAAGGAGAACCGAGGGAGUGCUUCCGAGAGGGUCAAACGCCUGCCUGACCUCAAGAAGCCACUGUUGGUUAAGGUCAAUGCAGGGAGAGAGAGAGAGAGGGAGAGGGAGAGGGAGGGGGAGAGAAUGCUCAAGUGCUAUAAUGUGGUAUGA